AAGAUGGCGGAUGGAUGGGUGUUUUUUCACAGUGCUCUGUUUCUCUCGUGUUUUAUAUCAUUUAGUUAGCACACAUUAAUGAUCGCUAAUGCCUUAUGACUAAUUAAAAGUCGUAGCUAAAGUAUAGUUUAAUGUUUCGGACAUUCCGAUUUCUAGUUAUCUCGAAAUCCCUCGUUCAAUCACAGACAUCAUUCAGGUACACUAAUAUUCAACGAUUUUGUAGCUCCCAAGUAACCACAGGAAAUGAGAGAAGCAAAGUCUUGACCAAGCUAAAGGGUACCCCUGAUGGUCCUCCACCAUCACCUCCCCCCCGAGAACUGUGCUGCAUGAGUGGAUGUCAGAAUUGUGUGUGGUUGCAGUACAUGGAUGAAAUGAUCAAAUAUUACAAAGGUAACAAAGAUGAAGCUAAAAAAGCUUUGGAUGACAUUCCAGAUGAGAGCAUUAAAGCCUUUAUCAGGAUUGAACUUGGCCUUUAAGGAUAAUAAAAUAAAUGGAAAUGUUUGACAGCUGCAAUCAGAAAAAAAACAUAUUUAUUUUAUAUUUAAGAAAUGCAUGAAUUAAGAACUGUGAUCAAGAAAAUCUCCAACAGUGUAUUGCACGACAAAAUAAUCAGACAAUUUUUGAAUGAACAUUUUCAACCAAAUAAAACUUGACGCGUUUGUUGAAAACCCAAAAACAAGGUGAAGCUUUUGUUGAAAACCCAAAAAAGCUUGAUGGUGUUCAGUUGUCAGCUGUCAUUCAGAAAGGCCUGUCCAAUGGAAUUUUAUCAUUGAAACGCCCUCUAUUUUUUCACGUGUCAAUGAAGAAGUGCCAUCCAAUGAAAA